CUGAUGUAUCGUAAAUCUCAAGCUAUAGAAUAUAAAAAAUGAUUACUGAGAUUUUAGUAAUAUUAGCAAUAACGAUUAUCGUAAAAGUACUACGCACCAAACAUGAGAGAGUUUUAGGAAUAUACAGUCAACCAGGUCCAUUUUAUUGGAUAAAAUGGAUCUGUUUCUAUUUGUUAUACCGAUGGAGAACGAGUAGAAUAUCAAAACAAGACGCUCAAUAUGAUGAUGGAUCUGAUUUGAGAUACCUGGAAGAUGACAACGAAUUGACUAAAAAUGCUUCAUCGGAAAUUGAUGUUGGAGUUGGAAAACACCAGAAUCUGGGACAAAAUCGCAUGGAAAGAACACAACCGGUUGCGGAUUCUCCCUUUGCAAUCGACGCAGUUUAUUUCAAUGCAUAUGAAGACAAUGUAAACUCUGUGGUAGAUGGUGUUACCGUUGUUAUGGGAUUUACCAUGCGUUACCGGAACUACGCUGAAAUUUUGUUUCUCGUCAACAUUCCUGGAGUCGGAUUACUACAGCACCCAAGUCAUCCUGAUAGAAUUAUAUGUGAUGCUUCGUCUGAUGAUUAUGCCUAUCAUGGCCAAGGAAUUUCAAUCGAGAUGUUGGAACCAAUGCGAAGAUGGAAGAUAAAAUACAAUGGCUUUAUGAGAUUGCGGAAUUCUGAAGAACACGAUGCAGAUGAAAGUACAGAUCAAUCGGGAAGAUUAAUUCACGUCAAGUUUUCUUUAAUAUGGAGAUCCUAUUCACCAGUCAUCGAAUUUGACACCGACAUUAGCGCAUCGUGUAUGGCGAACGCAUUUGCAUCUGAAGAAUGGAGCCGAGAGUUCUUCAAUAAUAUUCAAAAAUAUCAUUCUCAUCAGACGCACUAUGAGCAAUGGGGACAAAUGAGAGGUCUCAUCCAAGUUGAGGAGGAGGAACCAAGAGAGGUUCUUCUGAGAGGUCUGCGCGAUCACUCGUUCAGUAAGAGAGACUGGAGGCAUUUUCACAGAUAUAUUAUAUUUAUGAUACAUUUGGAUGAUGGAACAAGCAUCAAUGCAACUUGCAUUUGCAUGGACGUUACAAUAUCGAGAUUAACAUUGGGAUAUAUCAUUCAUCCAAAUCUUCGCAAGGAAAGUGUCACAAACGUUGAUCUGGAAUUGUGGAAACAUGGCGAAGACGGCUCUAUUCCGGGCGAAAUUACUUUCAAAUUUAAAGCAGGAAAUCGUCAAUAUUCUGUCUUAUGUCAAAUAAGGAAAAAAACAAAAUAUUACUGCGGUUUCGAAUGGGAAGGCAGGGUUCAUGAAACGCUUGCAGACUAUCACGUCAAUGGAGUUAAAGGACAUGGUAUAGCUGAAUUCUACUACAGGCACAACGGGGAUAAACGUUCCAUGGCCGAUUGCCCUAAGUCAACUGCAAAACGUUAUGACGUUUCCGAUGAAGAUAAUCGGAAGUUGAACGAUCUAACUCUUUUGAAGUUUGAAGACAGUUUGUGCGCCAGGGAUUCAUUAGUUGGAGGAAAAGGAACCCAACUUGCAAUAUUGACACAAUGGUCUUGUGAGUCCGAAAAGUUUAUAGUGCCACGAGGAUUUUGCGUUACGACAUCUGCAUAUAAAAGACAUGUCCAGGCAAACAAAAGCAUACAAGCUCAACUGAAUGAGCUAGACAAAAUAUCAUCCCACUCGGACAAAAUGAUCAAAGAUUUUUGCGAGAGAAUUCUUGAAUUAUUUGAAAAAUCAGACAUGGAUCAAUCGUUAUCUGAAGCAAUUGAAAUUUACUACAGAGGUUUAGACGAAAAUAUGAAAGUACCGGUUGCAGUUCGUUCCUCGGCUGUUGGAGAAGAUUCUGCAGAUCUAUCUGCUGCUGGACAGUUAGAUACAUUUCUUGGAGUCAGUGGUCUUCAGGAGGUUUUAAAAGCUUUGAAAAAAUGCUGGGCAUGCCAAUACUCCUACAGCGCUCUCCAAUACCGGAGGCAACAUGGACAACUUGUUCUAUCAACAAUGGGCGUCGUAAUUCAGGUAAUGGCUGAAAAGCCACAAGUAUCCGGAGUGUUGUUCACUCAACAUCCAGUGACCGGGAAUCCUGCUCAUAUCUUGAUCAACUCAAAUUAUGGACUUGGCGAGACGGUUGUGUCUGGAAGUGCCGAACCCGACACUAUUGUCGUCUUUAACUCUCCGAAUAACAAUCCUGAAAUUAUAUCGAAAAAAGUUGGAAGCAAAGCUGAAAAGAUGGUUGUCAAAGAUUCCGGCGAUGUGGAAACAUUGGAGUUGUCGCCAGAAGAAUCAAAUAAACUGAGUUUGUCUGACAAACAAAUUUUUCAGCUUGUAGAUAUCGGAAAAAUUAUUCAAGCAAAUUUUGCUUCUCCGAGAGAUAUUGAAUGGGCUAUUUCAGCUGAAGGAAAAAUAAAUUUGUUGCAAGCCAGACCUAUCACCAAUGAUCCAACUGAAACAGAAUUCGAACUUCAACAUGAGUUUGACAGCGCAUUUUCAAGUAAAAAUUACAUGUUAACCACAGCAAACAUUGGCGAAAUGAUGACGGGAGCCGUUACUCCUCUCACUGGCUCUGUAUUUUUCCGGGGAAUCGAAUAUGCAACCCAGGAUUUCUUUGACAAGGGAAGUCCACGAAAUCUUUUCAACAGGAAUGAUGUUUACAUGUCCCAGUCGUUUGGACAUUUGUUUAUGAAUUACACGGAAAUGACGCGAUUACAUUCAAAGACCGUGUUUGGAUCUCAGAAGGAAUCUAUUGAUCUUGUUUUAUUCGGUUCUGUCUGUGAAAAACUAAGCACAGAAGAUUCAGGGAAAUAUCACGACAACUGUCACUCUCUUCCGGGGCGUGUUUGGAAUGCCAUCAGAUUUGGAAAGAGCAUGAAUGACGCAACAAAAGAAUUUGUCAAAUUAGUCGAAGAAGUGGAAAAUUUACGACUGGAGGGGGAAAACAGCAAGGAUCUAUACAAAGUCAUUUCAGAAAACCUGACACCAUACUACGUAGAAGGUUGGAUAAAGUAUCUAAUGUAUGCAGCAGCAUCUGGAGUCUCUAGCUCUGUUUUCAUGAGAGUACUUUCCGGAGGAAAACUGAAAUGGGAAAUCGAACAUUUCUCCGAUCUCGCAGUAAUCUUAUCUUCUUGUGAAAAUGUUGUGUCCGCGGAUGCUCCAUGUUUGCUCAGGAAAACUGCGAAACAUAUCUUUGAAAGUGGUGAAAAAGACACGUUUAUCGACAUGUCACCAAAGGAUGCUAUUGAUUGGUUAAUAAAAUCUAAAAGUGAAGCAGGAGAUUCGUUUCGAUUCUUUCUGAAAAAUUGUGGACAUCGAUGCAUACGAGAAGCGGAAUUUCGAGAAAAAUCUUGGGCUGAUGAUCCCGUAAAGCUUGGAAUUUCGUUACAGACGGCCGUGAAAAAUUAUGUUACUGAACCUGAUAAGCAUUACAUGUCAACGGAAGAAGUAAUUAAAAAGCUGAGAACGCCAGUUUCGUCAUUUGUGAGAUUUCUCUUGAAGUGGGCUAUACCAAGAGCUAGAAAGUCAGUUGGUGGUCGCGAAUGGGGGAAAUCCAAGGCUGUGGAUAUUUGCGACAGGUUUAAGAAAGCAUAUUGGACCCUUUCUAGUAUGAUGGAAAAGGAGGAAUAUUUACCCGACGGUGACUUGAUGUUUUUUUUAACACACGGAGAAAUUGGGAAACUGUUGAGAACAAGAUCAGCUCAGUUAGUUACCAGGGCUCUUAGGCGCCGAAGGGCACAUGGCCAUGCUCAAGAGCUCCUGUUUGAUGACUUUUCCGAAAGGAUUCCAAUUUCUCCUAUUUCGCAAGAUAACGAUAUAGUUGAAGAGGAGAGAAAUGGACUUAAGCUUACGGGGUUUCCUGUUAGUCACGGUGUGGUCAAGGGAACCGCAAGAGUGGCUUUAUCUUUGGAACAUGCGAAUCAAAUAAAGCAAGGUGAUAUUCUGAUUGUGAGGACAACAGAUGUUGGAUGGAGUCCGUAUUUUCCGUUGAUAUCAGGAUUAGUGACAGAAAUCGGAGGUUUGAUAUCACAUGGCGCUGUCGUCGCCAGAGAAUACGGACUGCCGUGUGUUGUCAGUGCAAAAAAAGCAACAAUUCUUUUCAAAACCGGAGAUUAUAUCAUGAUCGACGGCGGGAAAGGAAUCAUUCAGAAAUUGUCUUCGGAAUAAUAUUUUAUUUUUAACAACGUCUAUAUGAGAAAUUCAACCUCAAUCCGUGAUUUUUAAUGACCUUGUAUUUUGAUUACCGUUUUGAUGCAAUUUUGCCUUAUACUCCACUGUCUCUUAUUUGAUAAUUGUACUUUUAUCAGCAAUCGUGUGAUAUCAAUAAUUUUCUGUUAUAUAUAGAAUAAAUAAAUAUAAGUUUCAUAAC